UAACAAUGUCUUUGCUUCUGGCAGCACACUACCAUGCAGUACGACAUUCAAAAAGACAAACGCUGCUUCCUUUGGAGCGUAAGAACAUCUCACACUUCGCAAGAUCAACGACACCUAUCUGAUUGAUAAGCAUGUUCUUCUCCUGGUUCUCGUACGAGCACCACCAGCAAGGUGCUCCCGACGCUGCUGCGUCGCAGGACAACGGGGACCACAACGUCGUGGUGCUGCUCACCUUCGGCAUCUUCUUCUCCUUCAUCCUCCUCUACCUCGUCGCUGGCGUCAUUUGGGCCUCCGCCGUCACCGCCUGCGCGGUCGCGCUCUCUUUCUGCUACCUCAAGGCCCGCCGGCACGCCAGGCUUGGAGCCGCCCUGCGUGCGGCGUGGAGCGGUGGCGGGUCGGACGCCAUCGAUGCCGUUGUGUCAAUCCCGGCGUUCGCGUACAAGCGGGAGGGCGUCGUUGGCGGUGGUGCUGACGACGGUGGUGGCGCGACAGGGUGGGCGCAGUGCGUGAUAUGCCUGGGCAUGGUGCAGGUCGGCGAGAUGGUCCGGCGGCUGCCGGCGUGCAAGCAUCUGUUCCACGUGGAGUGCAUCGACAUGUGGCUGCGCUCUCACUCGACGUGCCCGAUCUGCCGCGCCGUCGUCGUGCCCGCCGCCGGCCAGCUGGGGCCGCCGGUUUGAUGGGUUGAUUGACCACCGAGGGCUUUAGAGGUACCUAGCUCUGUAAAGUAUGUAAUUUUUCAUCACAGCGUUUUGAGAUGGAGCUUGAGAUUAGAUUACAUGUUUACUAUCUA